GGUGGCUGGCCAAGCUCCUCUCCUCUGUGUCCUGCUCUCCACCUGGCCUCCAUGAGUUUAAUUGAGGACAAGCCAUUCCUCCCUGGAAGAUGGGAAAUGCUUCAGACACGUCUGCUGUGUUUACCUCCACCAUCUCCAAGGAGCAUGACAUCUUCAUGGGUUCAGUCUACUGCUUAUUCUGUGUACUGUCCAUCAUAGGCAACUCCACACUGCUACUUGUUGCUUAUCACAAGCGGUCAACCUUGAAACCAGCAGAGUUCUUUAUCAUCAAUCUCUCCAUCAGUGACCUUGGGAUGACACUCACUUUACUUCCACUGGCCAUACCAUCGGCAUUUUCACACAGGUGGCUGUUUGGAGAAAUCAUCUGCCAGGUGUAUGCUAUGUGUGGAGUGCUGUUUGGUCUCUGCAGCUUGACAAACCUCACAGUGCUUUCCUUAGUGUGCUGCCUUAAAGUCUGUGUCCCCAACCACGGUAACAACUUCUCCUCGUCACAUGCCCACCUCCUGGUGGCUGGAGUGUGGUGUUACGCAUCUGUGUUUGCUGUGGGGCCACUGGCACACUGGGGACAUUACAGUCUUGAGCCUUAUGGGACAGCGUGCUGCAUUGACUGGCAUGCACCCAACUACGAGCUUUCAGCGUUGUCUUAUAUUAUCUGCCUUUUCUUCUUUUGCUAUGUAGUCCCCUGCACUAUCAUCUUCCUCUCCUACACUUUCAUUCUGCUGACCGUGCGGGGCUCACGUCAGGCCGUCCAGCAGCAUGUGUCACCACAGACCAAGAGCACCAAUGCACACACUCUCAUUGUCAAGCUGUCUGUAGCAGUGUGCAUAGGCUUCCUGGCUGCUUGGUCUCCAUAUGCUGUCGUGGCCAUGUGGGCUGCUUUCGGGGAUGCCACGCAAGUUCCUCCCGCUGCUUUUGCCCUUGCUGCAGUGUUUGCCAAGUCUUCUACCAUCUACAACCCUAUGGUCUACCUCCUGUGUAAGCCCAACUUUCGCGAGUGUUUAUACAGAGACACUUCGAUGUUACGACAGAUGAUGUACAGGGGCAGUCCACAGUCCGAGCCGAAAGAACGAUUCGGAUCCACAUCACAGCGCAACAAGGACAUGAGCGUCUCCACGCGCUUUUCAAAUGGACAGCAGGAGAGCUACGGGGCGUGUCUGCACUGCACUGACAAUGCAGCUCUGUGUCAUGUGACACCCCAAAGGACUGCCUGCAUCCUGACUGGAUCCACCUACACAGAGGUGACAGUCGGCCAACUCUCAGCCAAACCGCAGGCCGAGUUCCUCUAGUGGAACAGCCUGAUUCUUUCAUAAAGCAAACAAAGGACGACACAUGAUCAAAAAGACAAAGAGGUUACUGAACAAUAAAGUCUCACUGAGACUUCACCACCUUUGCAAGG